GUGAAUCGCUUGAACUUCUGGAAAAAGGAAACCGGAAACCAUUCGUCUUCUCCCCACUCUUUGCCCAAAGACCAAUUACUCAUUCAUUGCACUCAUAUAGAUAAAAGCACAUCUUACCAGGAAAUCUUUGUCCAAACCCCCAACCCCGCACUCAGCGCACCUCAACGCCAGACAAUAUGGCCCCUGCCGUAGCCCCAUGGCGCGCUCUUUUCCUCGCGAGCCUCGAAAAGAGCAAGUCAUCCUCCUUCUCCCUGGCGUCGAUCGCACAUACGACGGCCAAUAAGCCCGUCCCUCGCUCGCGCACUGUCGAAUUCCGAGGCUUCUUCCCCAAGCCCGCGUCAACACUGCACCAAUCUGGCAUCGAAGCACUCAAGACCCAGGGAAUUGGUCUCAAUCCAGAUGUGUACGAAAGCGACCUUUUCUCUAUCACAACAGACGCCCGAAUGAAGAAGAUGGGACAGAUCGCGGACUCAGAUGAUGUUGAAGGCGUGUUCUGGCUCGAGGAGGUGUCUACGCAGUGGCGGGUUCGCGGGAAGGCAAUCGCGAUCGGCAAUCCUGGAAACGGUGCUGAGGAGAAGGAGGCGAGGGAGACGGUUAGGAUGGCGCUGAGGGUCAAGCAGGAGGGGGAGGGCGACAUCAAAGAUUGGGAUUGGGAUAGGCAGGUCGCGACGUACUUUGCAAACCAUAGUCAAGUUAUGAGAGGGACAUUCAAGAGCCCCCCUCCUGGAACGCCGCGAUCGGAGGCCCCAUCUGACCCGCGACUGAAGCUGAACCAGCAGGUUGAGGACCUGAAGGACGAAGUUGCGAGGGCGAACUUUCGGGUUCUGCUCAUUUGUCCACAGGAGAUAGAGAGGCUGGACUUUUCGAACCCGGAUGAUGUGCGGAGGACGAAUUGGGCGCUUGUUGAUGCAGAGAAGGGUGAGUGGAAAGAGACGGAGUUGUGGCCCUGA